UAAUAUUUUGUAAUUUGCAGAAGAAAAAAUGGCGGACGAAGCUCAGCUUGCCGAUAUGAAGAAGAAGAGGACCUUCCGUAAGUUUACUUACAGAGGUGUCGAUCUUGAUCAGCUCCUGGAUAUGAACCACGAGCAGCUGAUGGAACUCUUCCCUUGCAGGAUCCGCAGGAAGUUUUCCCGUGGAAUUAAGAGGAAGCCCAUGGCCCUGAUCAAGAAGCUGCGCAGGAAGAAGAAGGAAGCUCCCCCAAAUGAGAAGCCCGAUGUUGUCAAGACUCACCUGAGGAACAUGGUCGUUGUUCCAGAGAUGACCGGCUCCGUGGUCGGAGUAUACAACGGCAAGACCUUCAACCAGGUUGAGAUCAAGCCUGAGAUGGUCGGACACUAUCUCGGAGAGUUCUCUAUCUCCUACAAGCCUGUGAAGCACGGAAGGCCCGGUAUUGGAGCUACCCACUCGUCAAGAUUCAUCCCUCUGAAGUAAACAUGUUCAGAACCGCUCUUGCAAACUACUAAUUUCAGA